AUGAGCGAGCUGCCGCGGACAGGCCAUCAGGUCCACGUCGACCUCCUCGCCCUCUUUCCGUCGCCUCCAAACUACCAAUGGGAUCUCGAGAUCGUGGCGCACGCUGAGCGAUCUCUCGCGUCGUCGCUGCCUGCGGACGACGACAGCCUGCUGGACCUUCUCAGAGCGCAGCACGGCGACGGCCUCGUGCUGGCCGUCGCCCUCGCCAUCGUCGCCGUGGAGCAGCGUCUCGUGCAUGCCGCCGACACCGGCGCGCUACUGCUGGCGCUGCACGACUGCCAACGCACUCUUCUUCAGCGGCCAUACCCGGACGAUACCGCGCACCGGGUCGGCAUCAUGCUAUUGACGAGUCGGCAUUUGCCGGCGCUCGGCGCGCUGCGCACGCCCGAGAGCACCGUGCUCGAGAUUGAAGGCAUGCUCCACCUCCUUGCGGCAAGCUUGGCGUCUGGUGUCGCACUGCCCUGCCGUCUUCCUGUCGCGGCCCUCUGCCACGAUGUAGUGAACGCAACCGCGACGCUCCCAGCUCCGCUCGUGCCGCGACUUCUCGAGAGCGUUCAUGGCGGUGUCGCGGCGGCAAUCCAAAGCCUCUACGCCAUCUACCCCGCCUUUCUCAAGCAUACGUGGCCAUCGACGUCGUCGUUCGUAUCUUCCUUUCACGACAUGCUCUCGUCGGACGUGCCCGCCGAGGCGCUGGCACCCCUCGCUACUGCGCUGCCCCCGCUUCGCGUCUUGACCGUCGGUGUGGCCGUCGCAUGUCUUGACCUUGUUUGCAAUGCGUCCCUUGCUGCACUGGCGCUGGCGUCCAUCGCUCACGUCGCCUGCGUACCGAGCCCCGACGCCGAGGCGCCGCUGCUGCGCAAGCUUCAGAUGCGCCUUGUCACGACGAUCCCGCCGUCGCAGAUGGAGCAGCUCGUAGUGCCGUUGCAGGUCGCCCUCGACGCGACAGACGCGCUCGUGCCACUGGAUGCCGACUGCAUUCGGGGCCCGCAGCUCGCUUGCUACUUGCAGCUCCUGCCUUUUCUGCCAGCCGACAUGACAUUCCCCUUGGCGCUCCGUGGCUUGCGCCACAACCUUGUGGAGGUUGCCCUCGCGUGCCACCGAGCGAUUCGGUCGCUGCUGCUCCAACGGCGACCUCGGGGCGCGGAUAUGGCCGUGGUUUACGUCGGCCGACUCCUCGCCGGGUACCCGACCACGACACCGAUCGACGUGCUCACAACGAGCCUCGGCUACGUCCUCGCAGUGGACGACGACGCGGUCCUCGCGUUCCUCGCGCUCGAGAUGCAAAAGACCAUCCGACGUACGUUUACGACGCAGCCCGACGCUGCGUCGACGCUCGCGCGACUCUUCUUUGAGCUGCUCAAGGUUGUCUCGCUCGAGUCGAUGGGCUUCUUCUUGCGCAUCGCCGAGCAAAUCGUGUUUGCCCAUACGUCGCUCGCGACAACGCUCUACGAAGCCAUUUCGACGUCGUGCGAAGCGUCUCGCCGCACCCUCUUGACCGAGUGGUACCUCGGCUUUUACCCACAGCUCGAGUCGGUGCCGUCCAUGUUGUAA